AAAGUGUAACACCUUUAACUAAAAGCAUGACGAAAGAUACCUCAAAUUUCUGUUCUGGAAGAAUGAUGACAAGAAAUCUUUAGUUCAGAGUAAUAUAAUACGAGUACUAUUUUGUCAAGCUGUUAUUCUGUCUUUUCAUUUUCAUAACAAGUGUUGGCAAUGGCGUUGGAGGUCGCAGAUUCUUGGCAAAACAACCCGAUACUAAUGCCUCAAGAGAGUGGUUCGAAGCCAACAAAUGCGGUGUUGUUUUUAGCAAUAUCGUUGCUUUUGGGAGUGGCGUCAAGGCAUCUACUUAAAGGAACUCGAGUUCCUUACACGGCUGCUUUACUUAUUCUUGGCAUUGCCAUGGGAUCGUUAGAAUAUGGAACACGCCAUUGCUUAGGAAAGGUUGGUGAUGGAAUCCGAAUCUGGGCAAAUAUUGAUCCCGAUCUUCUUUUAGCUGUUUUUCUUCCUGCUCUUCUUUUUGAAAGUUCGUUUUCUAUGGAGGUGCAUCAAAUCAAGAAAUGCAUGGCACAAAUGGUUCUUCUUGCUGGGCCGGGGGUUCUAAUAUCUACAUUCUUUCUUGGCUCAGUCCUAAAGCUAAUGUUUCCAUAUAAUUGGAGCUGGAAUACCUCAUUGCUUCUUGGAGGACUUUUAGGGGCCACUGACCCUGUUGCCGUGGUUGCAUUUUUAAAAGAGCUCGGUGCAAGCAAAAAACUAAGUACUAUUAUUGAAGGAGAAUCAUUGAUGAAUGAUGGUGUGGCAAUUGUUGUCUAUACACUUUUUUUCCGGAUGGUAACUGGAUCAAACUUCAGCUGGUGGAUAGUUGCCAAGUUCUUAGCAGCUACUAUUGGAGCUGUAGGAUUGGGUAUUGCGUUUGGUUUGGCGUCUUAUUUGUGGCUUGGAUUUAUUUAUGAUGAUCCAGUGAUAGAAGUUACAUUGACUUUUGCUGUAAGCUACCUUGUGUAUUUUGUGGCUCAAGAAGUUGCUGACGUGUCUGGGGUGUUAACAGUAAUGACGUUGGGAAUGUUCUAUGCCUCAUUUGGUAGAACUCUUUUUAAAGGUGGAGGACAACAAAGCUUGCAUCAAUUCUGGGAAAUGGUGGCAUAUAUCGCUAACACACUUAUCUUUAUCUUAAGUGGAGUAGUUAUAGCUGAAGGUAUUCUUGGAAGUGAAAGCGUCCUUACUAACCAACAAAAUUCUUGGGGCUACCUCAUACUCCUCUACAUUUUGGUACAAAUCUCACGGGUUGUAGUAGUUGGAUCACUGUAUCCCUUUAUAUGUUAUUUUGGUUAUGGCUUAGAUUGGAAAGAAGCUAUUGUUCUUGUAUGGUCGGGUUUGCGAGGUGCAGUGGCAUUAUCUCUUUCUCUCUCAGUUAAGCAAUCUAGUGACACCUCAGCAUACAUCAAUCGCAAAACUGGAACUUUGUUCGUGUUCUUCACUGGCGGAAUUGUGUUUCUAACAAUUGUUAUAAAUGGAUCGACUACUCAGUUUGUUUUGCGAAUGCUAGAAAUGGAUAAUCUAUUACCAGCUAAGAUGAGAAUACUAAAGUACACCAAGUAUCAGAUGAGGAGAAAAUCACUGAAGGCUUUUAGUGACAUUGUAGACGAUGAGGAAUUAGGACCUACUGAUUGGCCUACUGUCGAGAAACAUAUCAAGUGUUUGCAUGAUGCAGAGGGAGAGCAUAUCCAACUUCAUACUCCAUCAGAGAAUGAUAAUAAUGUGGAGCACAUCUGUCUAUCUGAUAUACGUAUGCGGUUUUUAAAUGGUCUGCAAGCUGCUUAUUGGCGGAUGCUUGUAGAAGGCAACAUCAAUCAAUCUACAGCAAAAAUUCUAAUGCAAUCUGUGGAUGAGGCCCUUGACUUGGUUUCGUAUAAACCACUAUGUGAUUGGAAUGGAUUGAAAGCUAAUGUUGAUUUCCCUAAUUAUUAUAACCUUUUGCAAACCAGUUGGUUACCCCAUAAGCUUGAAGUUUACGUAACAGUCAAAAGGUUGGAAUCUGCCUGUUACAUAUCUGCUGCCUUUCUCCGCGCCCAUAGGAUUGCACAAAAGCAACUACAUGACUUCAGCGGUGAUAGUGAAAUUGCUUCAGAAAUCAUUAGUGAGAGUGAACUAGAAGUAGAGGAAGCAAAAAAAUUCCUGGAUGAUGUCCGUCUUGCUUUUCCGCAGGUUCUGCAUGUUUUGAAAACAAGGCAAGUGGCAUGUUCAGUGCUUAUUCAUCUAUUUGAAUAUGGUGAAGAUCUUGAGAAGGUUGGAUUAUUGAGUAGGAUGGAACUAGUUUAUCUUCGUAAUGCUAUCAAGACAGACACGAAGAGACUUCUGCAAAAUCCUCCUUUAGCUGUCAUUCCCGAAGCACAUCAACUGGUCAGUGCCAAUCCUUUGUUGGGAAGCCUUCCAUCAGCCGUGCACGAACAACUUGUAAGGUCCACCAAAGAGAUAAUGAGACUGCGUGGUGUUGCCCUUUAUACAGAGGGGGCGAAGUCUAAUGGAAUUUGGCUGAUUUCUAAUGGUGUGGUGAAGUGGGGAAGUAAGAUAACAGGAAGCAUGCACUCCUUGCAUUCAACAUUUACACAUGGAAGUACUUUGGGUCUUUAUGAGGUUUUGACUGGAAAGCCUUACAUAUGUGACAUUGUUACUGAUUCUUUGGUGCUUGGAUUCUUCAUUGAUGCCGAAAAGCUACUGUCGUUACUUGGAACUAAUCAUGAAGCUGUAGAUGUUUUAUGGCAGGAAAGCUCAAUCACGCUCUCAAAACUGUUGCUUCCUCAAAUCUUUGAGAAAAUGACGAUGCUUGAUCUAAGGACUCUAGUGGCAGAAACAUCAACUGUGAGCACAAAUAUUGCUGGUACAAGUUUUGAACUUCCUAAAAAUGUUAUUGGCUUAUUAUUAGAAGGAUCCAUCAGAAGCCAGGGUGCUUUAGAACUUCUUACUGCUCCAGCUGCAUUAUUCCCUACAUAUGAAGACCGUAGUGGCCAAGUGCCAGAAAUAGCAGCUUCCUACAUGGUUGAGACAAGGGCAAGGAUGAUCACGUUCGAUAUUGCAGGAUUUGAAGCCAGUAGAAAAGCUCAUGGGUUGACAUCUUCAUUACUAUCAUAUAGGGGAUAUCACCCUCCAAGAAGUCCACUAGGAGAAAGUUCUCCUCUAAUGAGUGGGCCAGACGACCAUAUUGUCUAGGCAACAUCGAACAACAAAUCAGAUUGAUCAACAUUGGAAAUACUCUUUUGCGCAAGAAAUGCAACUACAACAUGUGUUAAAAUUUUGACACUUAGGUCACUUGCAACAAGUUAAAAGUCGCCCAAGGUGUACUUUUUUUUUAACAACAUGAAGCAUUCCAAAGUUAUUAGCGAUACAAUACAGUUUUGUUUCACAUCUAUGGUUGAUUUCAUAUCUUUGUAAUAUCUGCUUUUUUAAUGAAAUGAAGUCAUCCAACAAUCCAGUUAA